AUCUUGUAUGCAACAUUCCCCAUUUUGCAGAGCUGCACUUUCUGUUUUCUACUUUUUUUCCUCUGGACUUGCAGCUUUUAAAGUCGAAAGCAUAAUGGAGAUGUACUCAGUUUCAAUAGUUUUAGCAAGUUUUCUAAUAAUACCAUUCGUACUCAAAACUUUUUAUCCUUAUGUUUGGAUGGAUAUUCUGUACUUCAGGGAUCUGCUGCGGAUUUCAGUGAAGUUUCUUUCGAGGCGGAGAAAGAGACCUCUCUUCUUUGUUUUGGACCGUUUCUUGGAGCAGACUGUUGCACAUCCAGACAAACCUUUCAUUGUGUUUGGAGAUGAAAGCUUCACUUACGCUUCUACGGACAAGAGGAGCAACAAGAUCGCCCACGCGCUGCAGGCUCAGCCCGGUUAUAAAGCAGGGGACACCGUCGCACUCUUUAUGGGGAAUGAACCCGCCUUCGUGUUUACCUGGCUGGCCUUGGCUAAAUUGGGCUCCCCUGUGGCUCUCCUCAACCACAACAUCCGCACCAAGUCUCUUCUACACUGCUUCAAUUGCUGCAAGGCCAAAUUGCUGAUAGCAGCCUCAGAACUAAAAGGGGCUGUGGAGGAUGUGCUGCCUUCACUGAUGGAGCAGGACGUCACUGUCCUCCUGAUGAACAAACACUGCGACACACCUGGAAUACUGAGUUUCUCUGAUAAAGUGGAUGAAGCAUCAGAAGACUCUCUACCCCGAUCCCUGAGAUCACACCUCACAUUUAAGAGCCCAGCAGUCCUUAUUUACACCUCAGGAACAACUGGUCUCCCUAAAGCAGCUGUGGUCAAUCAGAACCGCCUCCUAACAGCUAUGGCUGUUUUAUCUUCAAACGGUGUAUCAGCUAGUGAUGUCAUCUACGUCAACUUACCUCUGUACCACACUGCUGGAUUUAUUAUCGGCUUUAUUGGCGCCAUCGAGACAGGGUCAACUAUUAUUCUGAAGAAGAAGUUUUCUACCUCUCAAUUCUGGGAUGACUGCAGGAAAUACAGCGUGACUGUCAUCCAGUACAUAGGAGAGGUGAUGCGUUACCUCUGCAAUUCACCAAAGAGAGACAAUGAAAGAGACCAUAAAGUGAGACUGGCCAUCGGGAAUGGUGUCAGAGCCGAGGUAUGGAGAGAGUUUCUCAAUCGCUUUGGGAACAUUGAAGUCCGAGAGUUUUACGCCGCCACUGAGGGAAAUGUUGGAUUUGUCAACUACGCUGGGAAAAUUGGAGCUAUAGGGAGAGUCAACUUUUUGCACCGGAAACUCUUUCCCUUCACUCUGAUAAAGUACGACACCGAGCGGGAUGAACCCACCCGAGAUGAAAACGGACUCUGUGUGGAGGCACCCAAAGGCGAGACAGGUCUGUUGGUGUCAAAGAUCACAGACAUUGCUCCUUUUGUUGGCUACGCCCAGAAUGAAGAACAAACGGAGAAGAAAAGGCUUCGCAAUGUUCUUAAAAAAGGAGACCUCUACUUCAACAGCGGAGACCUGAUGAGGAUCGAUAAUGGCAAUUUCAUUUACUUUCAGGAUCGCGUCGGUGACACAUUCAGGUGGAAAGGUGAGAAUGUAGCUACAACUGAGGUGUCUGAUAUCCUGACGAUCAGCAACUGUUUCAAAGAGGCAAACGUUUAUGGAGUCCAAGUGCAAGGACACGAGGGGCGGAUAGGAAUGGCAGCUGUAACUUUGAAGGAAGGAGUCCAGUUUGACGGAAGUGAAGUAUACAACCAUGUGGCCAGCUACCUGCCCUCAUAUGCCCGACCCCGCUUCAUAAGAAUACAGAGUGCCGUGGAGCUGACGGGGACUUUCAAACAGAUGAAGGUGAAGUUAGUGGAGCAGGGUUUUGAUCCAGGAUGUAUUCAGGACCCUCUUUACAUCCUCAAUGACUCAGAGAAGAGUUACGUCCCUCUCACAGCUCAGGUCUACAGCUCCAUCAUUUCAGGAAACAUGAAAUUAUAAGGAGGAUGAUGGUGUCCACUAAAUGUGCAGGCUUUUCUCUAAGUGGCUGUAUUGACAAAUCUAUUUUCCAGGAACAAAUCUUGUUUUUUGUUACAAAUUUUUAUAUUACUUGUGUGUUUUUAUCAUGAUAAUUAUAUGAAGACAAACACAUUAUAUAUAUUUGUUUCAGCAGAUGCAGCCUGUGGGGGGUGAUAAUGUUAAUGUAAAUACAUAGAUAAAUGUAUAUUUCUAUGAAAGUAAGUAUAUAUUGCAUAUUCAUUGGCAAUGCUGCUGCCUCAGUCUAAUAUUUGUGUUGAGAGGUGUUUAUAUGCUUCUGAGAGUCUUGGUUGAAAAAAAAACUUUAUUACAGGGCUAUUUUACUUUCUCUGAUGUAGUAUCCAAUGUACUUUAAUGAACAGGUUGUCAGGAAUUGGACAACAAAUGGUCAAGAAUUUGUAAUACAGUGUUUUUAAGAACUUUCUAUUUUUGUGGAAAUAUCUGUAAAUGUGAAAUACUUUCCUAAAAAUUAAAAUGAUUCUAUGUAAGAAUUGUA